CGUGCCGUCAAAAGUCAAUCUCCCGCUGUUUUUCUUUUUGAUCAGCAAACAAGCGAGAGAAGAAGAGAAAACGCUGACAGAGAGAACUUUGAAAAAUCCCAUUUUUUCUCGCACACGUUCUCUUUCAAUUGAAUCAGAAUCAGUCUCUCCUCCAGCAAAAGGUGCCUUUGUCAUCUCCCGGCGACGACGAUUUGAGCUGCUCCGUGCAAGCCCCCAGCAACUCUCGAAUCCGGAAUUCGAAACCCUAGAUCUGAAAUCCCAUCUACUUCCUCUCUUAUUGCCUGCAUUCUGUACGUGGAUGGUUUUCUGAUCGCUUUCGAUUCGCUCUCCGAAGGUUUUGCGUUGGGGAUCUCAAUUUGAGACCUUUCAAUUUUCGGUCCGCUGGAUCGAAGAUGCCGGUGGCGGCUUCGGCUAUAUAUUUUCUGAAUCUUCGGGGCGAUGUUCUCAUCAAUCGUCUGUAUCGCGACGAUGUGGGUGGAAAUAUGGUGGAUGCAUUUCGAAUGCAUAUAAUGCAAACAAAAGAACUUGGUACAUGUCCUGUUCGGCAAAUUGGAGGUUGCUCUUUCUUUUACAUGAGAAUCAGCAAUGUAUAUAUUGUGAUUGUUGUCAGCAGCAAUGCUAAUGUUGCUUGUGCAUUCAAGUUUGUUGUUGAGGCUGUUUCCCUGUUCAAAUCUUAUUUUGGUGGAGCAUUUGAUGAAGAUGCAAUCCGUAAUAACUUUGUUCUAAUCUAUGAGCUUUUGGAUGAAAUAAUGGACUUCGGCUAUCCUCAAAAUCUUUCUCCGGAAAUUUUGAAGCUUUAUAUUACUCAAGAAGGGGUUCGCUCUCCAUUCUCAUCCAAGCCUGCAGACAAACCAGUUCCAAAUGCGACUCUGCAAGUUACAGGUGCUGUUGGCUGGCGAAGGGAGGGCCUUGUCUACAAGAAGAAUGAGGUAUUUCUGGAUAUUGUGGAAAGUGUUAAUCUUCUUAUGUCUUCAAAAGGUAGUGUUCUGCGUUGUGAUGUGACUGGGAAGAUUCUUAUGAAGUGCUUCCUUUCUGGAAUGCCUGAUUUGAAGUUGGGUUUAAAUGACAAAAUUGGUCUUGAAAAGGAAUCACAGCUUAAAAAUCGCCCUACCAAAAGUGGCAAAACUAUUGAGCUUGAUGAUGUUACUUUCCACCAAUGUGUAAACCUGACAAGGUUCAACUCAGAGAAAACGGUCAGCUUUGUUCCGCCUGAUGGUGAAUUUGAACUGAUGAAAUAUCGUAUUACUGAGGGUGUAAAUCUUCCAUUUCGGGUAUUGCCAACAAUCAAGGAAUUGGGUAGGACACGCAUGGAAGUAAAUGUGAAGGUGAAGAGUGUGUUUGGUGCAAAAAUGUUUGCCCUUGGAGUUGUGAUCAAGAUUCCAGUGCCAAAGCAAACUGCAAAGACGAGUUUUCAAGUGACAUCUGGUCGAGCUAAGUACAAUGCUUCUAUUGAUUGCUUGGUUUGGAAGAUAAGAAAAUUCCCUGGACAAACAGAACCAACAAUGAGUGCUGAGGUUGAGCUAAUUUCCACUAUGGCAGAGAAGAAGUCUUGGACCAGGCCUCCAAUCCAAAUGGAAUUCCAGGUUCCAAUGUUUACAGCGUCAGGUCUGCGAGUCAGGUUUCUCAAGGUAUGGGAGAAGAGUGGAUACAAUACUGUUGAAUGGGUUCGUUAUAUCACCAAAGCUGGGUCCUAUGAAAUUAGAUGCUAGAGAUUCAAGGCAUUUCCUUCCAUACAUACCUUAAACAUUCAUCUGGAAAUCUUGAGGAGCGGGAUGCUGAAGAGAUUUGCAACCAUGUGAAAGAGAUGGAACUAUUGCCAUGGUUUCACAUUGUUGGUUUGAUUUGAGACAAUAGCAUCCUUUAACCGCCCCCCUCUCCUGGGGAGAUGAGCUGGUGUCCAGUUUUUUGUAUCAUUAUAGCAUUUCCAUUUUUUGAAUAGAAUUCUGUUGAUAUGAUUAUUUAGAGUCGAAGUUUAGUUAGCCUUUUGUUGUAAAUGCUAGUCCUCAGAUUGGUAGUGUUCACGAUUUAGAAUAGCAGUUCAACUGGAAAUAUUUUUCAUGAUUUGCAAUUUGCAUAAAUUGUUGCACUAAUUUGACAAUA